UCCAUUAACUUAUGGAUACCAGCAUCUAAGUUUGUGAAUAAACCUAAAAAAAAAACUGAAUAAACUUGAAUAAAGUCAGCUUAUCUAGUUUUACAAAUUUAUUCAUAGCAAUGGGGAUGAUACGAUGAUGGUAGCUUUUUCUUUAAUAUAAAUUACGGUAAAUUGAUGGCCGGUACAUAGUUAUAAUCAUAUCAAGCUUGACUAUAACCAUAUUUUCGUUAUAAAAAAGCAAUAAAUAAAAAAUGAGUGCCGUAAAUAGGCGAGAAGUCGGCAUUCCGAAAAACACGCUUGUAAAGAAAGAGAGACGCAUCUAAUGCUCGAUGCCGCAAGAGGCACGGCCUUCUUCCCUCGAGUUCUCAAACGCUGCCUCCAUGCCGACGGCCAACUACCCCUUGAGUUCUCCCUCGUUGCGGCCCUCAAGUCCUCCGCCACCUCCCUCCGCUCCGGCGAGCCCCUGCACGCCCUCGCCUUCAAGUCCGGCCUCGCCCGCUCCAACCACUUCGUCCGCAACGCCCUCCUCAACCUCUACGCCAAGUGCGGCCGCCUCGAUGACGCCGCCCGCCUCUUCUCCUCCCCCGACGCCCCCCUGCUCCGGGACGCCGCCUCCUGGAAUAUCAUGAUCGCCGCCCACGCCAAGGCCGGCCGACUCGCGGACGCCCGCAACCUGUUCGACGCGGCGCCUCGCCGGGACCGCGUCACAUUCACCUCCAUGAUCAUGGCCCUCGCCCAGGCCGGCAGCCCUGCCGAGGCCCUCUCCGUCUUCUGCGACAUGGCCGCCGCAGGCGUCGCGGCGAAUGAGGUCACGCUCGCAAGCGUCCUCUCCGCCUGCUCCCGCUUGAGCUCACCACGAGGAAUCUCUAUGUCCCACGCCGUGGCCACAAAAUGUGGGCUUGAUGAGUAUGUCCUCGUCGCGACCAAUCUGGUCCAUGCCUAUGCCGUGUGCUCGCAGUUGAGUGAUUCUCGAGCUGUUUUCGAUCGGAUGCCAGAGAAGAACACAGUUACCUGGAAUGCGAUGCUCAAUGGUUAUGCUAAGGCCGGCCUCAUUGAUCAAGCUGUAGACUUGUUUGAGAGGAUUCCAGCAAGAGAUUUGGUUUCCUGGAGUACGAUGAUCGAUGGGUACUUAAAGGUUGAUAGGUUGGAGGAAGCUUUGAUCACGCUUUGUGGAAUGCUGCAAAAUUCUGAUGUGAGGCCGAAUGAAGUCCUGCUGGUUGAUUUGCUCUCGGCCUGCGGCCGCUGCUCUGCAGUUCGAGAAGGUCAGCAAUUGCAUGCUGCAAUUAUAAACACCGGAUUGGAUUCCUACGAUUUCAUGCAGGUGACACUGAUCCAUUUCUAUGGUGCAUGCAAGCUCAUUGAUCUUGCUUGCCUGCAAUUCGAAUUGGGAUGCAAGUCACAUGUUUCAUGCUGGAAUGCACUGAUGGUGGGGCUAGUGCGGAACAACAUGGUGGAUGCCGCGAGGGAGCUCUUCAAUGACAUGCCUGAAAAGGAUGUUGUCUCAUGGAGUACCUUGAUUGCUGGCUAUGUCCAGAACGGGCAGUCCAAUCUUGCUUUGGAGCUCUUCCGAGAGAUGCUAUCAAUGGGGUUUGAGCCCAAUGAGAUCACGUUGGUGAGCGUUCUCUCUGCUGUUGCAAGUUCCGGCACCCUGGAACAAGGGAAGUGGAUCCAUGACUAUGUGAUUAACAGGUCCAUCCCUCUAACUGAUAAUUUAAGCGCAGGGCUUAUUGAUAUGUAUGCAAAGCGUGGGAACAUCAUAGUUGCAAUCCAAGUGUUUGAUCAUGUAAAGGAGGGGUCAGCUUCAGUGUCGCCCUGGAAUGCAAUAAUAUGUGGUUUGGCGAUGCAUGGGCAUGCAGAUAUGUCCCUGAGCAUAGUCUCCGAUUUGCAAAGAAGAAACAUUAAACCCAAUUCGAUCACCUUUAUAGGAGUAUUGAGCGCAUGCUGCCAUGCAGGUUUGGUAGAUUCAGGGAGAUGCUACUUCGAGUUAAUGAGAAGAAAGUAUAAGAUAGAACCAACCAUAAAGCACUAUGGCUGCAUGAUUGAUCUUCUAGGCCGAGCUGGGUGUCUAGAAGAGGCAGAGCAGAUGAUCAAGGCGAUGCCCAUGAAAGCAGAUGUGGCGAUAUGGGGGAGUAUGCUGGCUGCUGCCAGGACUCAUGGAAAUCUGGAGAUUGGGGAGAAGGCUGCAGAGAGUUUGACAAGGCUGGAGCCCACUCAUGGGGCUGCCAGAGUACUCCUGUCUAAUAUCUAUGCAGAUGCCGGUAGGUGGAUGGAUGUGUUUCUCGUCAGGAGAGCAAUGCAGAGUGGUAGACUGAAGAAGAUGCCUGGAUGUAGUGGAGUUUUAUGAAUAAUUGCUGUUAGGGACUUGUGACUGAGCCAUAAUCCAAAGUCUCUAUUUUGUAGACACAGUGAUCAUAUUGCCUUUGCCAGAUAUCUGAGCGACAAAAUUCUGCAUCAUUAUUUGAUUUGUUUGAAGUCAUGAUUAAACUGUAGAGAGCAAGUUCUUGGGGUAUGGAUAUGUAGCAAGGGUGAUUCUGCGAACUGCGGAUCGUCCGUAAGCAUGAUGUUGUGGACCAUUGAUGCUUUGCAACUCAACUAUUUAUGCUAUCACAAGGGAAUUGAGCAAAGAGGGGAAGGAAAGGAAGAAUGGGAUGAAAAAAGAUGAUUUAUUGGCAGUACCAUUUGCUUUGGAUGAUCAUAAAUCCACAUAUCUGAAGUUGUGGAUUCAGUGAUAUGCCUUAAGCAGGUGAAUGCAUCAUUAAAUUCAUACCAGAGGUGGGUUAUAACAUGGAGCACUCAGAUUUACAGCAAAAGUACAGCCAACAGAUGAACUUCUUUGCAGCUGUUUCUUGAGAUUUGAGCUGAUAUACUUAAGCUUGGUUCGAAUCUUUUGUUUUAUCAGCCAAUAAAAGAAGCAUAUUUGAAUUGGUUAUUUUCAAACUUGUAAGAGUCUGUAAGCAACUUCUUUUGUCGUGGCUAUAAACUUCUUGCACAGAAUAGGUGGUUUCCAACACCAGCUAUGUCAUGGUUAUCUUUUUAGUCUUUGAAAAUUACAAAAUUUUAGAUGUGGGAAAAUUUUGUUC